AUGAGCGCUUCCUCGGACGCCGCGACCCUGCGCGAGGGUUCCGCGUCGCCGCACAUUUCACCCAACGAGCGACUGCAUUCAGACCAAGUCGAUGUGGCGGAGGCAGAACGCGUCUUUCACGCGCUCGAGCGCCGCUUGACUAUCGAAUCUCAAAAACGUAGUCUUCACCACGAUGCUGAGAAAGGUGGCGAGGACGAUGGUGUCUUCAACUUGCGCGACUACCUGCAGUCUUCGAACGAUGCCCAACAGGCCGCCGGUAUUAAGCAUAAGCAUGUCGGAGUCUUUUGGGAGGAUAUGCAGGUCAACGUUUUCGGAGGCAUCGGCUUUAAGGCAUAUAUCACCACCUUUGACCUCGCGGUUCUGCAAAGCGGUCUUACUAUCAUUUUCUGGAUCUGGUCCUGGUUCUCCCGCUUCUUUCCCAAGAAGAAUGUCGUGACAUCCACUAUCUUGCAUAAGCAAUCCGGUGUCGCAAAGCCUGGUGAAAUGGUUUUAGUUCUCGGCACACCCGGCUCUGGCUGCACUACUUUCCUCAAGGCGAUUGCCAACCAGCGCGCCGAGUAUGCGUCCAUUGAUGGCGACGUCAAAUACGCGGGUAUCAGUGCGGACGAGAUGGCCAAGUACUACAAGGGCGAGGUGGUCUAUAAUGAGGAGGACGAUCUCCAUAUUGCCACCCUCACGGUCGCACAGACGCUCUCGUUCGCGCUCUCUCUCAAGACCCCCGGCCCGAAAAACCGUCUCCCUGGCGUCUCCCGUAAGGAGUUCCAGCAGGAGGUCCUUCAGAUGCUCCUCAAGAUGCUCAACAUUCAGCAUACGGCCAACACUCUUGUCGGCGACGAGUUCGUGCGCGGUGUCAGUGGAGGCGAGCGCAAGCGUGUAUCCAUUGCCGAGAUGAUGGCCACCCGCGCUCGCGUUCAGUGCUGGGACAACUCGACUCGCGGUCUCGACGCUUCGACGGCUCUUGAUUAUGCGAAGGGUCUCCGCGUUAUGACUGACGUGCUCGGCCAGACGACCUUCGUUACACUGUACCAGGCUGGCGAGGGUAUCUACGAGCUGUUCGACAAAGUCAUGGUUCUCGAUCACGGUCGCCAGGUAUACUUCGGUCCCCCGUCCGAGGCUCGCCGCUACUUCGAGGGUCUCGGUUACCGUGCUCUGCCCCGUCAAUCGACUCCCGACUACCUCACGGGCUGCACGGAUCCCAACGAGCGUCAAUUCGCACCUGGUCGCACUGCAGCGGACGUCCCUUCCUCUCCGGAGGACCUCGAGCAGGCUUAUCUCUCCUCGCACUUCGCCUCUAACAUGAACGAGGAUCUCGAGAAGUUCAAGCUCAAGAUGGAAACGGAGCGUGCGGAUCAGGAGGCAUUCAGGCAGAGUGUUCUCGAGGAUAAGAAACGCGGUGUUUCGAAGAAGUCCCCAUACACCCUCGGUUACUUCGGACAGGUCUGGGGUCUUACCAAGCGCCAGUUCGCCCAGCGCCUGCAGGACCGCUUCCAGUUGAUCACCAGCUUCACCCUGUCCACGGUCCUCGCUCUGGUUCUUGGUGGCGCCUACUUCCAUCUGCCGCUCACGGCGCAGGGUGCCUUCACUCGUGGCUCGGUCAUUUUCGCUGCCAUGCUCACGAGUGCCCUUGACGCCUUCGGAGAGCUUCCGGUCCAGAUCACAGGUCGCCGCAUUCUCAAGAAGCAGACCGCCUACAGCCUAUACCGUCCCUCCGCUCUAUCACUGGCCAACACACUCGCCGACCUUCCGUUCUCUGCCACUCGUCUCUUCAUCUACGAUGUCAUCGUCUAUUUCAUGGCCGGCCUCGUCUACAACGGCGGCGCGUUCUGGACCUUCCAUCUUAUUAACUACAUGGCUUUCCUCGGCAUGCAGGGCUUCUUCCGGACGUUCGGUCAGCUAUGCUCGAACUUCGAUCAGGCGUUCCGUCUGGGGUCUUUCUUCAUCCCUAACAUCAUCUUUUACGUCGGUUACAUGGUUCCCGUUCAAGAGAUGAAGCGCUGGCUGUUCUGGAUCUUCUACAUCGACCCGAUGCAGUACGCCUACUCCGCGCUUAUGGAGAACGAGUUUGGUCGUAUCACCUUCGCCUGCGACGGUUCAUACGUUGUCCCGCGCAAUAUUGGCGACGUCACGAAGUACCCGGACACCGUCGGCCCCAACCAGGUCUGCACCAUCUUCGGCGCCCAGCCCGGCUCAACGACUGUCAACGGCGCGGACUAUCUCAACAUCGGCUACUCCUACAACACUGCCGACCUCUGGCGUCGCAACUUCCUCGUCUGCAUCGGCUGGAUCCUGUUCUUCCAGAUUACGCAGAUUGUCGCGCUGGACUACCUCAUGCCCGAUGCUGGCGGAGGUGGCGCUGGUUUCCGUCUCUUCGCUAAGCCUAGCGCCGAGGGCAAAAAGCUUAACGAAGAGCUCUUGCGCCGUCGCGAAGAGAAACUUGCCCUUCACGAGAAGGAGAAGACGGCGCUUAUGGACGCUAAGCCCGAGGAGAAGGACCCGAAUAUGUUUGCCGACCGUCGCACUUUCACUUGGGAGCGUGUCAACUACUUUGUCCCCGUUCCCGGAGGCCAGAAGCAGCUCCUCAACGACGUUUACGGUUAUGUCAAGCCUGGCACCCUCACUGCCCUUAUGGGUGCGUCCGGCGCCGGCAAGACGACAUGUCUCGACGUGCUCGCUCAGCGCAAGAACAUCGGUGUUGUCAAGGGUGACCUCCUCGUCGACGGUCGCCCUCUCGGCUCGGACUUCGCCCGUGGCACCGCAUACGCUGAGCAGCAGGACGUUCACGAGGGCACCGCAACCGUUCGUGAGGCCAUGCGUUUCUCGGCCUACUUGCGUCAACCUGCCUCAAUCUCUACGGAGGAGAAGGACGCCUACGUCGAGGAGAUGAUCGAGCUGCUCGAACUCCAGGACCUCGCGGACGCAAUCGUCUUUACUCUCGGAGUAGAGGCUCGCAAGCGUCUCACCAUCGGUGUUGAGCUCGCAUCCAAGCCCGAGUUGCUUCUCUUCCUCGAUGAGCCCACCUCCGGUCUGGACGCCCAGAGCGCGUGGAACCUUGUCCGCUUCUUGCGUAAGCUCGCCGACCAGGGCCAGGCCAUCCUCUGCACGAUCCACCAGCCUUCCUCGCUCCUCUUUGAGUCCUUCGACCGCCUCUUGCUCCUCGAGCGCGGUGGUUACACGGUCUACUUCGGCGAGAUCGGCGCGGAUUCGCACGUUCUCCGCAGCUACCUCUCCCGCCAUGGUGCUGAGUGUCCGUCCAACGUCAACCCCGCCGAGUACAUGCUCGAUGCUAUUGGUGCCGGUAUCACGCCUCGCGUCGGAGAUAAGGACUGGGCUGAGAUUUGGUUGGAGAGCCCCGAGUACAAGAAGGUCGUUGCUGAGAUUGAGGACAUCAAGCAGCGCGGUCUCGCCAAGCCGGACGAUAGCAACAAGAAGUCGCUGUCCUACGCCGCUCCGUUCUUCACGCAGCUCUUCGUCGUCUGCCAGCGCACGGCCAAGGCCUUCUGGCGCUCGCCGGACUACGUGUUCACGCGCCUCUUCGUACACUUGUUCAUCUCGCUUUUCAUCUCGCUGCCGUUCCUGCAGCUUGGCGAUGGUGUUCGCGACCUGCAGUACCGCGUCUUCUCUCUCUUCUGGAUCACCAUCUUGCCUGCCAUCCUGAUGUCGCAAAUCGAGCCCAUGUUCCUCUUUAACCGUCGCGUCUUCAUCCGUGAGGCUUCGUCACGCAUCUACUCUCCCGAGGUGUUUGCCAUCUCGCAGCUCUUGGGUGAGAUGCCGUACAGUAUCCUCUGCGCCAUCUGCUACUGGGUCCUCCUCGUAUACCCGCAAGGCUUUGGUCAAGGCUCAGCGGGUCUCAACGGCACCGGUUUCCAGCUCCUGCUCAUCCUUUUCGUGGAGUUCUUCGGUGUCACUCUCGGUCAGGCCAUCGGCGCCAUCACGCCCAGCGUCCAGGUCGCUGUCCUGUUCAACCCGGCGAUCAUGGUCAUCCUCUCGACCUUCUGCGGUGUGACGAUCCCGUACCCGUCAAUGAUCCACUUCUGGCGUUCGUGGCUCUACGAGCUCAACCCCUUCACGCGCGUACUUGCCGCGGCGUUGAGCACGGAGCUUCACGGCUUGGAGAUCAGGUGCAAGGACGAUGAGUUCGCGGUCUUCUCACCGCCGUCGGGUCAGACGUGCAGCCAGUGGGCAAGCGACUUCGUCAACGUCGCGGGUGGAUACCUGAACAACCCGGACGCCACGGACAGCUGCCAGUACUGCCAGUACAAGGUCGGCGACGAGUUCUACACGCCGCUCAACAUCAGCUUCGACAACCGCUGGCGCGACGUGUUCAUCAUCUUCGCGUUCUUCUGCGCGAACUUCAUCAUCGUCAUCGUCGCCUCCCGCUAUCUGCGCUACGCUAGGCGGUAG